UUUUGCCGGGCGAAAGUGGUACCAGUGAUGGUGGUGGAGGCAAUAGUGAGCCAAUGGUAGCAACAGUUGUUGUUUGGUUGGGUGGCGGUGACAGUGCUAAGAUUGUAGUGGUUGCAAGGGUGUUGAAGGUGGAGGUAGUGGUGGGGGAUAACGGUUUGAUGGUGGUUGCUAUUGUGACGGCAGAGGCGGGGGGCGAAAGUGGUACCAGUGAUGGUGGUGGAGGCAAUAGUGAGCCAAUGGUAGCAACACUUGUUGUUUGGUUGGGUGGCGGUGACAGUGCUAAGAUUGUAGUGGUUGCAAGGGUGUUGAAGGUGGAGGUAGUGGUGGGGGAUAACGGUUUGAUGGUGGUUGCUAUUGUGACGGCAGAGGCGGGGGUAGUUCUAGUUAGGUGGUGGAGGGAAAGGGAAAAACUUGAAAACUGGAAGCUUCACACUUCUGCUCUUUGUAUUGUCUAA